AUGAGCGCCCCAGCGCAAUCGCCGGAGCAGCGCGAGCUGGCUCUGGUAGGCAAAGUCGAAAUGCGCAUCGCACUGGCCGACACCGACGCCAAGUUCGAAUCCAUCCUCAAGACAUAUCUGGCACCUCUCCUCCUCAAACUGGCAUCCGAGUUCCAAAGCGUGCGGCAGAAAGUCAUCUCAGUGUGUCAGCACGUCAACACUAGGAUCCAGCCGCAGUCGAUCCAGCCUCCCGUGGCCGCGCUCGUGAAGCAGUUCAGGGAACAGGAAAGCUCGCUGAUUCGGCAUUUCGAUAUGCUCUACAUUCAGCAGGGUGUUGUGCGACUACCCGCGAAGGAGCGUGCGGAGCUUUUGCCGAUUGUGGUGCAGGGUGCUGAAAAGGGCGGGAGCCAAGCAAGUCAGGUAUUCUACCUGUUGUUGAGACUGCUGGAGUCUUUCACGUUACCACCGAGAGGAAGCAAGGAGGACCUGGAGAUGCGCACCAAAUUUGAGGUGGCAGAUGCGGAUGUGCAGUAUCUUGCGAAGUGGCUUGGAAAGUUCAUCUUGUUUGCGCCGCAGAAGGGGACGAGCAAGACAUGUCCUGGACUCAACACGGAGGAGUACACCUUCUUCACAGUGCAGGGCAAAGAUGAUGCUUGGAACCCGAACGCCGGUGGGCUGAACCUUUUGAGGACCAAGACCCUGGCCGCGAGGCUUCUGGCAAGUGGACUGUUCAACGAUCACGAACGAUUUCUUCCAGCUGUAUUCUGCUCAGCUGAUCCGGCUUCUUCAAUCAGCGACGUUGGCGAUGAUAUGAUGAAACGGGCUCUCCCCGCUACACAGCCUGAGCUGGAAAAGGAGGACUUGCCCAGGACUCUUUUCGACCUCUACUUCGGUGUGGACGGAGCACCUGGAGUCCGAGCGCCCUUGAAGUUGAAGAUCCUUUGGCUUCUGGAAAAGUCGAAGAGCAGUACUACAUUCGCGAACAACAUUAUCAAACUGGUGAAUGACGGAGUGUCUCCGCCGCAGCAGGAUGGAGAGGACACCGUAAUGUCCAAUGGCAUUGCCCCAAGCACGAAUAUCGGCAGAGAAGCGACCAAGCUAAGAUCAGCAAUCUUUUCAUACAUCAACUUCGCCGCCCGUACUGGCGAAAAAGACGAUCUCCACGCCAUCGCCUCACAAGUCGUGUGGCGACUGAGAGACUUCAUCGAGAACCAAGGAUGGCCAAGACCUGGCAUAAACGAGGACCUCAUCUCCCGAGCGUAUGCUUAUGAAGUCAUUGGACUUCUCGUGAAAGCUGGACCAAAAUCUCUUCUGGUCGAGGAAGAGGCCACGACGAUGGAUCUACUACGAUGGCUAUUCAAAUCCUUGGCAUCAGAUUCAUCGGGGAACUCGAUCACUGUCAGUAUCGAGGAAUCAUUGUCUACGAUCCUGGCUGCCAUGACACGAAUCCAGCUCAAUAGACCGGAACAAGAUGUUCUGGAAUCUUUGCUAAUCGACCAGAUGACACAGUCUGCAGAUCUCGAGGCCAACGGCCGACUGCGAAGUACACGUUAUGUGGCGGUGCGCUUUGCGAACAGAUGUCUACCAUAUGCAUCUGUUAAAGCACGAUGGAUCGAUGUCCUGGCUGUCGGAGCAUCUACGGAUCGGCAAGAGGUGCGGGAAGAGGGCGAGCGAGGCCUGAGCCCAUAUUGGUAUCGAAUGUUGAAUGCCACGAACGUCGGCGCCGAGGAAGUGGAGCUCACGUAUCCAACAUUCGAGGAGGUCAUCGAUCAAUUCUUUGUCAAGCAGGCACCCAUGACAGGUUCGGAUCGCAUGGCACUCACGAGGCGGGUACAAGAAGCCCACGAGACUUCAUUUCCGCACAUAACGGCCUACGCUCGACGCAUGCUGGUACACCAAGCCCUCAAAGCAGCUGAUGUGCCGGUGAAUCUGGAUAGCGAGUGGGAGAGACGCCUGGAUACCAUGGUCGAAUCCGAUGUGCCUGCAAAACAAGCCGUCAAGGCCCACAUCAAAGCGACACAGGAGCAUUCCCCCGCACUGAUGGAUACGCUUGUGUCUUCGCUAUUCGCCUGUCUUACUUCCAAAAGCACCUUGGAGGACAACCGCCUCGUGGAGUUCUUGUCACUGGGCCCGAAUGCGCUGAUCCAGCAGCAUGUAACACAGGUGCCAACUCUCGUUGCCACCCUGAAGUCGAAUAACCAUAUCCGUCGAAUGGCUGCAGCUCAAGCAUUCGGCAUCCUUGCGUCUCACCAAAAGUCAGACUCUGCCGCCAGCAUCAGCCAACUGGUGGGCAUUGCACAGUCGUGGAGUACUGCACUCGGAGCGGUCUUGAGCUCAGUCCAUGGAGCAGUCGUUGCUCUUGGAUUCUACUUCAGCAGGUGGUUAUAUCGUCACGAAAGCAGUCCGUCAACGACGGAAUACCAACAGUUUCUAAAGACACUAUUUGAGAUCUUUGCUGAUGCCAGAGACGACCUCCUACGCGAAGCAAGCCAUGUUGCCAUUGGCCAGAUGAGCAUGUUUGGCUGCCUUUCAGUUGAGAGCAUCGACGAGUUCUCUAAAAUGCGGACAGUGACGGACAGAUUGUACGAAAAGGCCAAAGAUGGGAAUGAGAUCGCAACUCUGGCCCUUGGUCAACUAUCGAUGCUCUUACCCGAAGACGACGAGGAACUGCAGCACAUCUCCGACCAGCUACACAAGCUUCAUGAGAUUCGACAAGCUGAAGUACAUUUCACAGUCGGCGAGGCUUUCAGCUACGUAGCGAGCGGAUGGAAGUCGGAUGCCCUUGCCACGAAGCUGGAUGUCAACAUCGAGGCAGAUUGGCCGUCCAGCCAACUACGAUCGACCACACUCAAUAAGUUGAUAGAACAAACUCUCAAAGACUGUGCCAACACCAAGCCUUCUCUGAAGAAGGCAGCAGUGAUGUGGCUGCUGUGCUUGGUCCAGUUUUGUGGAGAGAACCUGCAAGACAAGCUGGCAGCUUGUCAAAAUGCGUUCAGGCGCUGCCUAUCCGACAGAGAUGAGCUGGUUCAGGAGACUGCAUCGCGAGGUCUCGGCUUGGUGUACGAAAAGGGCGAUCGAAACUUGAAGGAUGACCUCGUACGCCAACUCAUCACUUCAUUCUCUUCCGACAAGCAGAGUCAGCUCGCCGGCAAUGUGUCCGAAGAUACUCAACUUUUCGAACCAGGUGCCCUUCCUACUGGCGAUGGAUCUGUCUCGACUUACAAGGACAUCAUGAGCCUGGCCUCCGAAGUCGGUGACUCCAGCUUGGUGUACAAGUUCAUGUCCAUGGCCUCCUCCAACGCGAUUUGGUCGAGUCGAGCUGCUUUCGGACGUUUUGGCCUCAGUAGAGUGCUCUCCGACUCCAGCGUUGAUGGCUACUUGGCGAACAAUCCAAAGCUUUACCCCAAACUCUUCAGAUAUCGAUUUGAUCCGAAUAGUGGCGUACAGAGGUCGAUGAACGAUAUCUGGAGUGCCUUGGUCUCGGAUUCGAGCGCAACAAUCGACAAGUACUUCGACGCCAUUAUGCAAGACCUGCUUGAGAGUAUCCUCGGCAGAGAGUGGAGGGUGCGGCAAGCAUGCUGUGCAGCGAUUGCAGACCUCGUGCAAGGCAGGCCGUUGGAGAAGUACGAGCAAUACCUGGAACAGAUUUGGACGCAGUGCUUCAGAGUCCUGGACGACAUCAAGGAGUCGGUUCGUGCUUCCGCGGCGUCUCUCGCACGAACUCUCACAGGAGUCCUCACCAGAUCGCUGGAAGCAGACCAUACCUCUACGAAGAACGCAUCUGCUAUGUUGAAGCACGUCCUGCCGUUUUUGCUUUCGCCCUCUGGAAUGGAGUCGAGUGCCAAAGAGAUCCAGAUGUUCUCCAUCACCACACUGCUCGAGAUCAUCAAGAAGGCCAAUGGCGCGACCAUCAGACCAUUCAUUCCAGAACUGGUGGAGCGACUCAUCGGCUCUCUGAGCGAUCUUGAGCCAGAAGCAGUAAACUACAUCCACAUGAACGCCGCCAAGUAUGACCUUACCGAACAGAAGAUUGACGAUAUGCGGUUGUCGAGUGUCCGCAUGAGUCCCUUGAUGGAAGCGAUUGAACGAUGCUUGGACCUUCUCGAUGAUGAUACCAUGAAGGCAUUGUGGCCCCGACUUGAGAACGCCAUGAAGAGUGCUAUUGGACUACCUUCCAAGGUCGGCGCAAGUCGGGUUCUCGUCUCGCUAUCGACCAGGCAAAUGGUGCUAUUCAGGCCGUAUUCAGAUGAUGCGCUCAAGCUUAUCGAGAGAGUCGUGAUUGAUCGAAACGAGACCGUAUCCAGCUCAUACGCCGUCGCGGCUGGGUACCUCGCUCGCGGUGCUUCCGACAAGCAGAUACUGAGGCUGAUUGCCUUCGCGAAGAAGCUGUACUUCGAAUCUGAAGGCGACCGUGAAGCUGUCACGCCACGACGAAGCAUCACAUCUGGCGACAUCUUGCUUGCAUUCUCGAAGAAUGCGAGUGACAAAUUCAACUCGUUCGCUAGCGCUGUGCUUCCCUUCGUUUUCGUGGCGAAGCACGACUCUCAUGAUCAGGUCAAAGAACCUUUCCAAGACACGUGGAGCGAAGCCGUCGCGGGAUCGAGAGCAGUUCAGCUCUAUCUCUCCGAGAUUUUGGAACUGUGCAUGACCCAUCUCGACUCGCCACAGUGGGCGCUGAAACACACUGCUGCUCGUGCUGUAGCUGACGCAGCUGUUGCAGUGUCGUCAAGCGAAGCUCAGAUGUCGUCCGCCACUGGCGCGGCAUUAUGGCCGGCGAUCGAGAAGGCGCUCGGUGGGAAGACCUGGGAGGGUAAGGAGAAUGUGCUGUCGGGCUUCGUGAAGUUCGUCGAAACCGGGAAGCCGUACUACAUGGAGCAUGACAGCGUACGCUCUGCGAUCAACAAGAUCGCAAUCAGGGAAGCUAAACACCAGAACGCUCCCUAUCGUCAGCAUUCUAUGAAGGCUUUGGCGCGGAUUGCUCGAACUCGCACCGACAGUGAUAUGAGCGACGCCAUUUUCGAAGCUGUUGCGCCUGUUCUGUCAGACGAGUCUGAUGAGGACAAGAUGGAUGUCGAUGGCGGCAACAAAGAUCAGAUUCGUAAGGCUGAGGACAUCAAGGAUGCAACCAUCGCCGCCGCCAUCGAAGCUGUAUUCGCUUCUAUUAAUCCGGCUGCCAUGCAGAGUGACUCGCUUCAGCGUCAAUCGUCGCGUGCGAUCCACGUGGUGGCUUCCUCCAAACCCGCCACACAAGCAGGCUUGCGCAGCGCCUACAAAGGCCUCGCAAGCAUGGCCAAACGCAUCGAGGAAGAAAAGCGUCACGUCGAGCUCGAUCCAGAGAGCAUCCAGGGGCUGAAGUCGCUGCUAUUCGGACCGGUUGUUGGGAUCGAGGCCAUCCGGUUGACGAGAGCAGACGCCCUCGUCGCUCUGACGAAGAUGUCACCGUCUUUGUCUACGCAGGUGGAAGGCGACAUUCGGGCGCUAAUCUCGAGUGAAGUGUCAUCGGCCGUUCGAGACCGUCUGGCGGCUGCAGUGAGAGCGUCUUGA